UCCAAUCACAGCUGAUCACAUGUAAAUAAGCUGUCAGAAGAGGACAUGUACACUGAUCAUCAGUGUAGCCCCAUAAAAUGCCACCUGCCAGUGCCCAUCAGUGCCACAUACAUCAAUGCACACAUAUCAGUGCCUACUAGUGCACAUCAGUGCCGCCUAUCAGUGCCCAUCUGAGCCGCCUGUCAGUGCCGCCUGUCAGUGCCGCCUGUCAGUGCAGUGCCGCCUGUCAGUGCCGCCUGUCAGUGCCGCCUGUCAGUGCCGCCUGUCAGUGCCGCCUGUCAGUGCCGCCUGUCAGUCAGCCGCCCAUCAGUGAUGCCUGUCAAUGCCCAUCAGUG